AUGCCGUCGCCCAGCACCCUCCGUCCCUUCCGUCGCGCGCUUCGCUUCCGUCCCGCAUUCGCUCCUGCCGUAGCGCGUGUCCCUCCCGUGCCUCCCUUCCCUCUCCGCCGCUCGUCAUCCGUCCCUCAUUCGCAUCGCUCACUCGAUUCGUCGCGCACUCCCCCCGUCGCACUCCCUGCCUGGACCGCAUCCUUUCAGUUCAAUGGCUCUGCCAUCGGUUCCUCGUUGCGCUUCUCCGCGUCUUCCGCCACCCACGCUUCCGCCUGCGCCACUAUGCUGGCGGACGACCUAAUAUGCACGCAGGGAAUACGCGCGCAGCAGCGGCGGAAGCCCUUGCGCUCGCGCUCGCAGAGCGCUGCCGAGGAAGGACACGGGGAAAAGGGAGGAAUCCGCCUUCUCCUUUCCCUCUCAGCCCCUCUCCUCCUUUCCCUCUCAGCCCCUCUCCUCCUUUCUCCCUCAGCCCCUCUCCUCCUUUCCCUCUCAGCCCCUCUCCUCCUUUCCCCCUCAGCCCCUCUCCAAGUGCAGGAAGCAGAGCAGUGCUGGAGCGGGGGCUUUGCUCGCUGCAUGCAGGUGCGCCUCAACUUCCCUGAUCACCGUCCUGCCUCCACUCUCACCGUCCUGCCCUCCCCCCUCACCACCCCGCUACCAGUCCCUCCCUCACUAUCUCCUUGUCCUUCCCUCAUGUUUCUCCGUCUUCCUUAUCCCAUUUCUGCCCAUCUCCACCCGCUCUUUCAUCCCAUCACCCUCCCCUCCCUCUCCCGUACGCGCUUCUCCCCACUCUCACACGCGCUGCUGCCCCUUCCGUACGCGCUUCUCCCCACUCUCACACGCGCUGCUGCCCCUUCCCUCCGCGCUGCUUCCCCACUUCCCCUCCCACUCACCGUUUCACCCAUUCCCUUGCACCUACAGCCCUUCUCCUCCUUUCGCUCGCUUAUGAUUUCCACCCUUCCGUUUCUGCCCGCUUUUCUCCUUUCCUCUGUUCUCAUUCCCACCAUUCCUCUCCUCCUUUUCCUGCAAGCCUAA